UCCUCCCAUCAUGUCCCGGACGGUGCCACAUCCCGACUUGCAACUCGCGCGUCUGGAGUUACUCCCUCUUCGCCCCCGCCUUCUUGCGCGACGCGUAUGUGUGCGCGAUUGCCCCCACAACGCCAUCGAGGCAUUUAAAGCAAUCCUAGACGAGCUUCCCCCGGGCAGCCGCGAGGCAACGCAUAUGUUACCUGCGCUCUUCUUCCUCAUGGACCCGGCCAACAUUCCGCCCGCUGAAGAGGUUGCGGAGCUGGCCCCGUCGGCGGAGGCGGCGAUGGCGGACGGGGCGGCAUACCUGGCGUUCUUUCUCGAGAAGGUCGACCCGAUGAAAACGGCGGCGUAUACCGCACUAUGGCUCCGUCUUUUACUGUGGGUAGACUUCUUCAACACCUACGGCUCGGUUGUGGCAGCGACUCGAAUGCGGCUGAGCCGAACGUUCGUCCGGAUUUUCAUGGUCCAUGGCGCCGAUGCCUGGGUCACGGAUCUCAGGGGCCUCCAAAUUCCCUCCAUUUGGAACGACCGGCGGUUCUCCUUCCUCCUGGGACAAGAACUUACUGCGAUUUUCGAGAGCAAGAGUAUCGCGCAUGAGCCCAUUUCUCUUGCCGUCGAGGCUCGCGCUCUGAUAUUCACGUUCAUCGAUCUGAGCAGGCACAACGGGGUGUACGACAUGGAUAUCCCACUCUUCCUCGAAGGUGCCGGCGGUGCACGACGGUGGGGUAUGGCUUUGGGCCGGGCCCUCCGUACAGUCACCCGUCUUUGGUCGGGGCCCAACCGCCAACCGCAGACAGUGACUGAACACACCAUGACUUGCCUUGAUGUGUUUAUUCUAGCUACGCGUACCACGGUGAAUCUCCUAGGCGACGACGACGACGACGACGACGACGACGAAGACGACGACUAUGGCAAGUUUAUUGGUGCAUUGAGGGACGCCAAUUAUGCUGCUGGGCUCACGAGUGCCCUGGGUAUCCUUGCACUGCCUCCAAGCGCGACGGUUGACGAGGAUAUCUAUCAAGAGACCCAGCAUCAAUGUCUUUUACUCUUGAGAGUAUUCCUCACUUCGGAACCGUCCUCGGGCCGCCUGCAGUCUGCCGCCUCACGCGGCCUCCUCUCUUCUUUGGUGGCACUUGCACGCUCGGCCAGAGGUUACACGGAUUUCGAAAACAAUGUACAAGAGAUUAUACGCGACGUUCUCCUCCCAGAGCUUGUGGACCCACAAAUCGUCAAGGGGCUCGCCGAUGACAUCCGCGACAAUAAUAUUGAGCAGUCGCUCCAUCAGGUGUCCUCCCCCGAGCUCCGGUAUUUGCUCUCCACCCUCAUUACCCGGGUUAAGCCGCAGGCCGAGUAUUUACUCCUCUGGAACAUGCGGGAGGAGCGCAAUCAUAGGCUCUGUGAUGGAAUCGGAUGCCCCGUUAACGACAAAAAAGAGCUACGUGCAUGCUCUGUCUGUGGCUUUCGCUACUAUUGCUCCCCAGCAUGCCAGCGGUCCGACUGGACCACAGGUAAUCACCGAGAGAUGUGCGACAAGUAUUGUGACGCAAACACGGAACUACAGGACUGGACCACCCCCACCAGCCGCUCCUUUGUCCGCUUCCUCAUGGCGCAGGAGUACUCGCGGGAUCACUCCACCGCAGCAUUGGGGCGGCCUGCGGUUGCUGUAUUUGAUUACCGUGACCGCCAGAAAAACCUCGGCUCGGACACCGCCGAUCCCCGCCCGUUUGUGUCGGGUGCAUACUUCACUAGCCUACGCGACGCUGCGCCACUGCUAGAAGGCAUCCUUGACAACAACGUGUGGGCGGACUACUGCGCGCGCGCGACAGCGGACGAGGGAUUCGGAAUUGGGUGGAACAUCUGCAUCACGCAGAGGCAAAACAACCAGCUCGCUUAUAUCCAUCGCGUGCUGCGGAUGGCCUGA